CGUGAUUCCAACGAAAUCCAACUAUCCGCCCUUGUCCAUCUUCACCAUGACCAACUCUACCGCCGCCCCCGGUCGUCUUCUGCGCCUGACGCUCCAGAUCUACCGCAACCAGCUGGAGAGCACCGAAGCAGAGAGGGAGAAGUUCGCCCGUGAAUAUCUGACCAAGGCUGCCUCUAUGGCCGCCAAGCAUGGCAUCGAGAAGUACCAGCAGGUCUACACCCCCCCCGCCUUCCGCGAAGCCCUAGAAGAAGUCAGCCGUCGCGGCAAGCGUGGCUGGGUCAUCGACGAUCAUGAUCUGACUGUGGAGUUCUACUUCCGGAGCUUCGCCGCCAUGGGCUCCAUCGGCGCCGAUCCCGAAUGGCGCGCCCUCCAGGCCUCCGAAGGCCCCUACGUCAACCUCAUUCACACCGUCGCCACCUUCGGCUGGGUCGAGCAGUAUGUCGACGCCGGCAAGGUCAUCCACAUCGGAGAGGAUGGGAAAUCGACCUACCCGUCCUGGGCGGAAUUGGGUGAUGUCAAGUCGGCCUUCCCUGCUCCUGCGGCGGCUCCUGCUGCGGCGACCGCGGAGGGAGAUGCGAAAUAG